AUCCCCUCAUUCCUGUUUACGAAAAACAUGUAAACCUUACAUUAUCUCCUUCAACACAAUAAUAAUAACAAUAAUAAUAAUAAUACAGAAACCCUAGAAUCUUCCAGAAACACUCUCUAUCCAUUCUUGUAAAGGCGAUUCAGUUUCACUUUCUAGGGUUUCGAUUCCAGAUCGAUCGAAUCUGAAUAUCAAAUCAUCAGAAGUUUCAAAUUAUCCAUGGCGGAAGAGUGUAAUGAUUCCGAUAGAAGAACUGGUGGCGGUGACGGUGAAGAUCGGAGUGACGGAAGCGAGUACUCGUCGGAGGACGAAGGGACGGAGGAUUACCGGCGUGGAGGUUAUCAUGCGGUUCGUGUUGGUGAUGUGUUUAAGCAUUCCAGAUAUGUUGUGCAGAGGAAGCUCGGUUGGGGACAUUUUUCGACUGUGUGGCUUGCUUGGGAUACGCAUAAAUCUAGGUAUGUAGCUUUAAAAGUACAAAAGAGUGCUCAACAUUACACCGAGGCAGCAAUGGACGAAAUCACAAUAUUAAAGCAAAUAGCCGAGGGAGAUCCCGACGACAAGAAGUGUGUUGUGAAGCUUCUAGAUCAUUUCAAACACUCCGGACCAAACGGGCAGCAUGUUUGUAUGGUUUUUGAGUAUUUGGGUGAUAAUCUUUUGACGCUAAUAAAGUAUUCCGACUAUCGCGGGAUUCCUCUAAACAAAGUUAAAGAAAUAUGCUACCAUGUUUUAGGCGGUUUGGAUUACUUGCAUCAACAGCUUUCUAUUAUUCACACCGAUCUUAAACCCGAAAAUAUUUUACUUUUAUCUACGAUCGACCCCGACAAAGAUCCAAGAAAAACAAACGCGCCUCUCAUUCUUCCAUCUGGUAAAGAAAAAGUUUUAGCCGAAUCUGGAUCUUCUAAGGAUAUUAAGAGCUCAAACAGCGAUCUUACCAAAAACCAGAAAAAGAAAGUUAAAAAAAAGGCUAAAAAGGCAGCCCAAAAUUGCGUCGGAAACGAAGAAUCAGAGGAAAACGAUGAUGAUUCAAAUAGAGACAUCAUUAAUGAACAUGCUGAAUCGAAUAACUCUUCUGAAGCACGAGAUUCCCGCAAUGAAAGUCAACUUAACAGGAGAGGAAGCCGGUCAACUAGACGGAAGCUAUUAGAGGAAGUUGAUGUUAAGUGCAAACUUGUUGAUUUUGGUAACGCGUGUUGGACGUAUAAGCAAUUUACAAGUGACAUACAGACUAGACAGUACAGGUGUCCUGAAGUGCUAUUAGGAUCAAAAUAUUCAACGUCUGCUGAUUUAUGGUCAUUUGCAUGCAUAUGCUUUGAACUUGCCACUGGGGAUGUUCUUUUUGAUCCUCAUAGCGGUGAAAACUAUGACAGGGAUGAGGAUCACUUGGCGCUAAUGAUGGAACUUCUGGGAAUGAUGCCUCGAAAGAUAGCUUUAGGUGGCCGUUACUCUCGGGAAUUCUUCAACCGACACGGUGAUUUACGACACAUACGCCGUUUACGUUUUUGGCCUUUAAACAAAGUCCUUAUGGAGAAAUAUGAGUUCAGUGAACAAGACGCAAAGGAAUUGGCUGAUUUUCUUUUUCCGAUACUUGAUUUUGUCCCUGAAAAGAGGCCUACUGCUGCUAAAUUACUUAAACACCCUUGGAUCACCGGAAUAUCUCAGGAUCUUGGUUCUGUUACAGUUACCACUCCUGCGGCUGAUAACAAUAUUUUGGAUAAUAACGGAGCUGCUUCGGUUGCAACUGAUGCUGAAGUUUUGGUAAAUAACAAAGGUGCUCCUGUUGCGACUGAUCGUAAGAUUUUGGAAAAUAAGAAAGAGAAAGAUGAAAGAGAAGCAAUGGAGAUUGGAGUCGGGAAUAUAGUAAUCGGCGGAGUUUCGAAACCCGCUCUAAGAUAAGCCUGCUAAGUUUCACAGGUUAUUUGUCGAGGCGUGAUAUUGAAUUGAUUUUCUUGUGAAAGAUGAAACACGAAACGAGCUUUUGGUAUGUUUUGCGACUUGCGAGCAUGGUGAAAAUGGGUGUAGUUAGAAGUAUUCUUUGUACAAUAUGGGUAUUAUGUUUUUCUGGGACAUGGACUAAAGCUUUUCUCCUAGAGGAAAAUACUACAUAUUGGUUGUAAUGUGGUUAUGAGUCUCAUAAGAGACCAUGCAUUCUUCAAGUAGAGGAAUCAUACAAAGAUGAUGGUUAAUUUUAUUGUUAUAUAAAAGGGUAUAAAGUUAUUUGUUUUUCUAGGA